CUUCGCCACUACACUUCUGCCUUAACUCUGCUCAUACACAGCAGGAAGGCACAUUCAUCCGUCUCAAGAUCGAUGCGCGAACUGCAAUUCCCGCUGCAGCCCCCCUCGCCCUUCAUCCACGGCUACCUUGAAGCCUCGGACCACCACCAACAGCCACUAUGCGGGAACGCUGAGGGAUGGGGCCCCUUGAGCCCUAUCCGCUACGACUUCACGCCCUGUUUCCUCGAUGUCUGGAUAGCCGUGGUGGCCGUAGGGGGUAUCCUGGGGGGUGCCGGGGCCGCUUGGUAUCUUCUCAAAGAAUGCACGCCGCAACCGGUCAAGAAAAACUGGCAUUUCUAUGCUAAGCUGAUUACCAUCGGAGCUCUCAUCGCCACCACCGCUGUACAGGCAACCCUCCAGAUCGAAUACUUCCAAGGCAUAUGGGCGGGAGAUUUCCGGUUCUGGACCACUAUCUUCACAAUAGUGUCCCUAUGCGUCAUAUGCUUCAUCCAGUACACCGAGCAUUGGAGAUCCCGGAAUGCGAACGGUGUGGUGCUGUUCUACUGGCUCCUUCUCCUGAUUGCUUACGCUGUUAAACUACGCUCUCUGAUUGCGCAGAAAAUAUAUCACACCCAUGUGGCAUAUUUUACUACUUUCUGUAUCAACGUUGGAUUGGCGGCAAUUGAACUUGGCUUGGAGUGGCUCGUACCUAAACGAUUAAGCGACUACGACGCGCUAGGAGACGACGACGAGUGUCCCUACGAAUAUGCCAAUGUAUUCUCCAUCUUGACAUUCAGCUGGAUGACACCGAUGAUGAAGCAUGGGUACAAGACCUUUUUGACCCAGGACGAUCUCUGGAAUCUCCGCAAACGGGACUCGACUAAAGCCACGGCUAGCGCGUUCGAGCAGUCGUGGGGGUACGAGUUGGAGAAGAAGCACCCUUCUCUAUGGAUGACUAUGUUUCGAGCAUUUGGAUCACCUUAUUUCCGGGGUGCUUUGAUCAAGACUGUGAGCGACAUCCUCAACUUUGUACAGCCCCAAUUACUCAGGCUUCUGAUUACCUGGGUCGACUCUUACCGCGGGGACAGCCCACAACCCGUCAUGCGAGGGGCGGCCAUUGCUCUCUCCAUGUUUGCGGUCUCUGUGACGCAGACGGCUUGUCUCCACCAAUACUUCCAACGGGCUUUCGAGACCGGAAUGCGCAUCAAAUCCUCUCUCACGGCGGCUAUCUACUCAAAAGCCACGCGAUUAUCGAACGAGGGAAGAGCUUCGAAGUCCACUGGUGAUAUUGUCAACUACAUGGCCGUGGACACGCAGCGUCUCCAGGAUCUAGCGCAAUACGGCCAACAACUCUGGUCCGCCCCGUUUCAAAUCGUUCUGUGCAUGCUUUCGCUGUAUCAGUUGCUUGGCUUCAGCAUGUUCGCUGGCGUGGCAGCUAUGAUCAUUAUGAUUCCGGUAAACGGCUGGAUUGCCCGCGUUAUGAAAAAACUGCAGAAGCAGCAGAUGAAGAACAAGGAUGCGCGAACACGGCUCAUGACGGAGAUUCUGAACAACAUGAAAUCUAUUAAGCUAUAUGCGUGGACAACUGCCUUCAUUAAUCGCCUGAACUACAUUCGAAACGAUCAAGAGCUUAAGACAUUACGCAAGAUCGGUGCUACCCAAGCCUUCUCCACCUUUACUUGGUCGACAACGCCAUUCCUCGUUUCAUGCUCAACCUUUGGUGUUUUCGUCCUGACUCAGAACAAGCCAUUGACGACGGACAUCGUCUUCCCUGCGCUUACACUUUUCAAUCUCCUCACGUUCCCUCUGGCGAUUCUACCCAUGGUUAUCACCGCGAUUGUGGAAGCAAGUGUCGCAGUUGGCCGCAUUACUAGCUAUCUCGUGGCCGAAGAACUCCAAGCAGACGCGGUGCUACGGGAAGACUCGGUGGAUGAGAUGGGCGAGGAGUCCGUGCGCAUUCGAGACGCCACCUUUACAUGGAACAAGCACGAAGAGCGACGUGCUCUUCACGACAUCAACUUCUCUGCACACAAGGGCGAGUUGUCAUGUAUCGUUGGCCGCGUUGGCGCUGGCAAAUCGUCCCUCCUUCAGGCGGUACUAGGAGACCUGUGGAAAAUAAAGGGCGAGGUCGUUCUGCGAGGUGCCGUUGCCUAUGUUCCCCAGUCAGCUUGGAUUAUGAAUGCUUCUGUGAGGGAAAAUAUCGUUUUCGGACACCGUUGGGAUCCACAAUUUUACGACCGGACUGUGAAGGCCUGUGCGCUUCGAGAUGACUUCGCAUCCCUCCCAGAUGGAGAUCAGACUGAAGUUGGCGAACGCGGCAUAUCGCUUUCAGGUGGCCAAAAGGCCCGCCUCACUCUCGCACGCGCUGUCUACGCUCGGGCGGACGUGUAUCUUCUUGAUGACUGCCUGUCGGCUGUCGACCAGCAUGUUGGACGGCAUUUAAUUGACAAUGUCCUUGGUUCGAAGGGUUUGUUGGCCGGGAAGACAAGAAUACUAGCCACCAAUUCCAUCCCGGUUCUCAUGGAAGCCGACAUGAUCGCGCUCCUGCGUGAUGGCAGAAUCCUUGAGAGGGGCACGUAUGGUCAGCUCAUGGCCAUGAAGGGCGAAAUUGCAAAUUUGAUCAAGACGUCCCAAAACGAAGACCAGAGUGAAGACGACAGCAGAGCUUCAGAAAGCGUAGUGAGCGAUGAAGACACGACUAUUUACGGUACGAGUCCGAACUCAGAUGAUGAUCGUGAACAAGGAGAAGCCGAGGCCGCACAAGAAAAUGUACCUCAAUUAGCACCAUUACGAGCUGGAAACGGGACGGCUCGCAAAAAUAGCAUGAACACGCUACGCCGCGCCAGCACAGCGAGUUUCAAAGGUCCUCGAGGGAAAGUGCUUGAUGAGGAGGGUGCCGGGCUGAAGAGCAAGCAAACAAAAGAAUUUUCUGAACAAGGUAAAGUUAAAUGGGCGGUGUACGGCGAGUAUGCCAAAACGAGCAAUCUUGCUGCGGUCGCCAUUUAUCUCAUCCUUUUGGUGGGGGCCCAGACCGGACAGAUUGGUGGGAGCGUGUGGCUCAAGAAUUGGUCAGAAGUCAACCAGCGAUACGACAGCAAUCCAAACGUGGGCAAGUACAUUGGUGUCUAUUUCGCAUUUGGUGUGGGAUCUGCUGCUCUUGUCGUUGUACAGACGCUCAUUCUCUGGAUCUUCUGUUCAAUUGAAGCUUCUAGGAAGUUACACGAACGAAUGGCGUUUGCUAUCUUCCGCUCCCCGAUGAGUUUUUUCGAGACCACUCCUGCAGGGCGUAUUCUGAAUCGGUUUUCUAGUGACAUCUAUCGCGUGGACGAGGUCUUGGCGCGAACUUUCAAUAUGCUCUUCGUGAAUUCUGCCAGAGCUGCAUUCACGCUUGUCGUCAUCUCCGCUUCCACCCCAAUUUUCAUAGCUCUCAUCAUCCCACUGGGUGCUCUCUACUUGUACAUACAGAGAUACUAUCUCCGUACGUCCCGGGAGCUGAAGCGACUUGACAGCAUUAGUAGAAGCCCCAUCUAUGCCCAUUUUCAAGAGUCACUGAGUGGCAUGAGCACCAUCAGGGCAUAUAGCCAACAAAAACGAUUUGAAUUGGAGAACGAAUGGCGGGUCGAUGCCAAUCUAAGAGCCUAUUUCCCCUCGAUCAAUGCGAACAGAUGGCUUGCAGUACGGCUAGAAUUCAUUGGCUCCGUUAUCAUCUUAGCUUCGGCCGGUUUCGCUAUCAUUUCUGUUGCUAACCAUAGCGGUUUGUCCGCUGGAAUGGUUGGUCUGGCUAUGUCAUAUGCGCUUCAAAUCACCCAAAGCCUUAACUGGAUCGUCCGACAGACCGUGGAGGUAGAGACAAACAUUGUGUCGGUGGAGCGUGUGCUGGAAUAUGCUGCACUGCCGAGCGAGGCGCCAGAUAUUAUAUCUAAGAAUAGGCCGCCGAUCAGCUGGCCUUCACAGGGUGCUGUCUCAUUUAACAACUACAGCACCCGGUAUCGGCCCGGACUUGAUCUGGUACUAAAAAACAUCAACCUCAAGAUCAAAGCGCAUGAGAAGAUCGGAGUAGUUGGUCGAACAGGCGCUGGUAAGAGCUCUCUUACUAUGGCGCUAUUCAGAAUUAUCGAACCCGCCGAUGGCUUUGUGAGUAUCGAUGACUUGAACACCAGUACCAUCGGGCUCCUAGAUCUUCGAAGAAGGCUGGCCAUCAUUCCACAGGAUGCAGCGUUGUUUGAGGGUAGUGUGAGAGACAAUUUAGAUCCAGGACAUGUACAUGAUGAUACGGAACUUUGGAGUGUUUUAGAACAUGCCCGGUUGAAAGAUCACAUCGCGAGUAUGCCGGGAAAGCUGGAAGCUCAGAUCUUUGAGGGGGGGUCAAAUUUAAGCGCCGGUCAACGCCAGCUAGUGUCUCUAGCGCGCGCUCUUCUAGCCCCAAGCAACAUUCUCGUUUUAGACGAAGCGACUGCCGCCGUUGACGUUGAAACGGAUGCAAUGCUCCAAGCUACGUUGCGGACAAGUAUGUUUAGGAAUCGAACGAUCAUUACCAUUGCUCACAGGAUCAACACAAUCCUCGAUUCGGACAGGAUCGUCGUGCUCGACCGUGGGACAGUGGCCGAGUUCGACACACCUGCUGAGCUGGUUCGCCGCAGGGGUCUGUUCUACGAGCUGGUCAAGGAGGCCAAUCUCUUGAAUGCCCUUGAAGUUACACAAGCAUGAUGCAUGAGAUGGGGGAGUUCGUUUAGCAUUAUCGUGCACCCGAUCGAUUCAGUGCAAAACAGCAUAACCCUGCCCCCGCCUUUCCAUAGCUUCCAUGUCAGCCAUCUGACUUUCAAAAUAGUGCGGAUGUGACGUGCCUCCGCGGCUCCGCACCGCUUUCAGGCUACAUAAAAUUCUUGGAUUAGGGCCACGGGUUGCUAUGCCCAGUUAAAAGCGCUUCCAAGGUCAAAGCAUGUCGUAGAGCAAUCUUGUUGACCAAAUUAAUACCGC